AUGGCGUUCAAAUCGGGCGCGGCGCUCCUUUCUAUUUUAACCCUCCACAGCUUCCUUAUACGAUCAAUUUGCUGCGACACGGAAAGAAGCCUUUUCAAGAGACUUCUCAAAGUCAGGUGUAAAAAUGACAACCAUGAGGUUACGCACAAACCCAUUUAUGUUAAAGGACGGCAAGAAGAGAAGAAAGCCGAACAGGAGGAUUAUACACAAAAUGAUAGUGAUUUCUACAACGAAUUGAGAAGCGAUUUAAGGACCAAUUUAAAAAACCUUUUUAAAUAUGAGAACACAAAAAAGGAACAUAGGGAUUCUGGGACUCAACGGAAGAAAGAAGGAAAAUGGAAGGAUAAAAAAAUGCUCAAGAGUCAGUUAAGAAUGCGUCCAAAAGAUGAAAAAAGGACAGAAAUAAGGAAAAUCAAAUAUCCACAGGAACUCAGCUAUGAAGACAUUAAAAUGGUGAACAUAAUAAAACCAGGAAAAAACAAUUAUAAAAUUGUGGAAGCGGGGCGCAUACACCGAGCACUAGAAAAUAACUACGAAACGGUGGAAAUAGGGCAGAUAGUGGAACCGGAUGAAGAGCAAAAAGAGACGGAAAAGGUAACAGACAAGGAGACGGAAAAGGUAACGGAAAAGACCGAAACUCGCGCUCAGUCACUAAAUCCGUCAACUUCGACGACAUAA